GCUGGACCAUGCAAUCUCCAUGAGAUCAUGUGCAUCUCGACUGUACAGACAUCGAUCUAAGGACGAGCGGUGCAUUGAGUAAAUCGACACGCAGUACCGAGGCCAGUGUUCUACCCCACCACCAUCACUCGCUCCAUCGCGCCUGCCUAGGCACCAUCGUCUCAACCUUCCGCAACUGCCUUGUCCCGGGAUCAAGCCGAGCCACCAACUCCUCCAUCGCUCUACAUGGAUCCUCGAUAACAGACAAUUGCUCUACUUACUGGUCCUCAACAGCCAUGCGAGACGUCUCACGCUGAUCCCCUCCUUCCAACCAAUCUGCGAUGGACUCAGAACGCCGCACAAAUCCCGCGCGAGGACAGGACGAUUUGGACGAGGCCUCUCCCCUGCUAAGCCCCCGCUCCAGCGAAGGUGUCGAAACACCUCCUGCGGUCGACACAGCUUUGGACCCAGAUGACAGAGGUUGGCUUUCUGAUGAGGACGUACGUGCUCACGAUCACGAAGAGACGAAAAGCACUUGGUACCUCAUCCUAUUGACCAUCUCGAUUGGCGGCCUUCAAAUCGCAUGGUCCGUUGAAACAUCCAACUUCUCCCCCUACCUGCUCUCCCUCGGCAUCUCCAAAUCUCUCCUCGCCAUCGUAUGGAUUGCAGGCCCGCUCUCAGGCACUUUGGUCCAGCCAUACGUCGGCAUCAAAUCCGAUCAGUGCCGCUCCCGUUUCGGCAAAAGACGUCCCUUCAUGGUCGGCGGUGCUGCUGCCACCAUCAUCUCGCUCCUGCUUCUCGCCUGGACUCGAGAAAUCGUAACGUUCAUCCUGCAUGGCAUCUUCGGCGUCGAUGAAAAUGGACAAGGCGUCAAGGUGACCACGAUUGUCAUCGCCAUCUUCUUGGUCUACAUCCUCGACUUCGCAAUCAACGUAAUUCAAGCCGGCAUCCGAGCUUUCAUCGUCGACAAUGCGCCCACUCACCAACAAGACCUAGCCAACGCAUGGGCCUCGCGCCUGACCGGCGUGGGCAACAUUGUCGGAUAUCUCUUUGGCUAUUCUGACCUGCCCAAGCACCUUUGGUUCUUUGGCAACACGCAGUUCAAAGUGCUGUGUAUGAUUGCCUCGCUCGCCAUGAUCACCACUCUUACCGUCAGCUGUCUGACAAUCUCGGAACGAGACCCUCGACAAGAUCCCCUGCCCGCAGGAGCAGGCGGACUGCUCGCAAUCUUUCGGAGUCUCUAUCGCGCUGUACGCAAACUCCCUCGACAGAUCAGAGCAGUUUGUCUGGUGCAGUUCUUCGCCUGGAUCGGAUGGUUUCCCUUCUUGUUCUACAUCACCACUUACAUCGGCGAGAUCUACGUGCAGCCUAUCUUCACCGCGCAACCAGACAUGACUCCGGAAGAGGUCGAUGUAGUCUGGGAACAAGCAACGAGGAUUGGAACUCUGGCGUUAUUUGUCUUCGCCAUCACCUCCUUUGCAGCGAGCGUCAUCUUGCCCUUCUUCGUGGUGAACUCGUACAAAACCCCCGAACAAGCUGCAGGCACGACCCUCGUCGAAUCUCCCGCCAACUCACGCCCAAAUGGGCACUUUGCAAGUCCUGGCCACGGCACCUCGCAAUCACGUAUCUCGCGACUCCUUCCCAACAUCCCGUCAAUGACGAUCCCCUGGCUCACCCUCCCCCGAGCCUGGCUUUUAUCCCAUCUCAUCUUCGCCGCCCUGAUGUGGCUCACAUUCCUCGUCCACACCACCACUGGCGCCACCCUCCUCGUGGCUCUCAUCGGCAUACCCUGGGCCACAACGAACUGGGCGCCAUUCGCCCUCAUCGCAGCAGAAAUCAGCAAACGCAACGCCAUCCGCCGAGGCAAGCAGCCGCCUUCCGCCGCAGACGAAGACGCAGACGCGCUCGAUGGCGACGUGGAGGAAGGAGAAGAGUCGAAUCAGGCGGGGAUGGUGCUGGGCAUUCAUAACGUAGCCAUUGCAGCACCCCAGAUUCUCGCGACGCUCGUUAGCUCCGCGAUCUUUCGCGCGCUGCAGAAGCCGCGAGGGAGUGUGGGCGAUGAAAGUGUGGCGUGGGUGUUGAGGUUUGGCGGACUGGCUGCACUGGCGGCUGCGUGGUUCUGCCGCAAGGUGGAACGGUGAGCAGCAUGAUUACAUCCGACGCUGGAUAGAUGAGUAUUGCUGUAUACAUUAUCUUGCCUGCGAACUGCGACUACACGAAAUCAAGGUGAUUGCCAUGGGACACUCGCUACUGACUGCGCCUCCAGUGAAGCUUCCCUCAUCCGGACACAUUACGACGGACAGAUUGCGACCGGCAGAUUGCGCUUGCUUCCAACACCACCAAGUCUUCUCCGACCGCCGGCAAUAGCCAACAGAACGAUGAAAACCGAAGAAAGAGAAAAGCGGGAGUGUCUUGGCCGGCUUGCGCCGUUGUCACCCUGGCACCACGAUGAGGUGCACUCCCAAUCGCCAGGGGAAGGAAAAAC